UGGGAUCGAGCCCGGUGCCAGCCCCGGCCGCGUCCGAACCCCCGCGGUUUUCCACCACCUGCUUCCCGCCCGUGCCAGGCCGGAUGGUGGGGACAGUGCCCUGUCCCUCGGGGGUGCUGGCACGUCCCGGCCGUGGGAUGAUGAUGCCCUGCCGGCCCUCACCGCCCAUCCAAAGGUCUCCCCGAGCCGGGAGCUGCGCCCAGAGCUCGCCGUUCCCACCCAGAUCCAGGUGAGGGGCUGAGCCCGGGGCUCGUCACCGGUUGCACUUUGGACACCGGCGGCCAUGGAAUAUUCCGAAUUCGGUGCCAAAGCCGCUUCCCCGGCCUCGGUUCCCGGCUGCAGCACCGCCGAGCCCGCGGCCAUGGAGCGGCCGGCGGGGAUGGAGAAGCAGAGCCCGGUGGAUUACGGCGUCCAGAUCCGCUUCAUCAACGACCUCCAGGAGCCCCGCAGACCCCCGAAGCCGCGGGGCAAGCCCGGCUCCUACGGCGUGGCCGUGCGGGUCCAGGGCAUCGCCGGGCAGCCCUUCGUGGUCCUCAACAGCGGCGACAAGGGCGGCGACUCUUUCGGGGUGCAGAUCAAGAGCGACGGGUCCUACCCGACCCCCCCCUGGCCCUCGGGCUCCGUCAGCUCCGACUCGGACCUGCCGGAGAAUCCCUACGCGGGGCGGCAGCGCCGGCACGGCUCCUACAGCACCUCGGACGAGGAGGCUCCGGGGGGCUCCCGGCGGGACCCCCGACCCGCGGCGGGCGAGGAGCUGCGGAGGACACAGUCCCACGGGGACCUGCUCAGCGCCGCCGCGGAGGAGCCCCCGGCCCGCGGCAUUCCCGGGAUCCAGCGGCAGCAGCAGCAGCAGCAGCGCCGGGCCCCGGCCGGUGGGAAGAGCGGCAGCGCCUCGAGCAUCGCCCCGGGGCACAAACCCGCCAGGGCCGCGGGCGAGGACCCGUCCUCGGACCCGGAGGCGGCCGGGGGGGACGUGGACACCAAGCCGCUGUCCUCGGUGGAUUCCCUGAUCAGCAAAUUCGACGGGAAGGGGCAGCAGCAGCAGCGGGGAAGGGCCGCCAGGAGGGGCCGCAUCCCCUCGGCCGAGAGGAAGCGCUCCCAGAGCCUGGACGACCGCGUGUCCCACCGGGAUGUCCCGGACGCCCGCGUGUCCCACCGGGAUGUCCCGGACGGCCGCGGGACUCGCCCCCAGCCCUCGGGACCCGCCGGCAGCCGCAGCCCCCCCCGUGGAUCCGGGGGGAUGGACGGGGCAGGGAUGAAGGUCCAGCGGGGAAUUCGGGCCGCGGAGGAGCAGAGCAAAGCCCGGGCAGAGCUGCAGCUCAAAUCCACCCCGGACCUGCUGCGGGAUCAGCGGGAGGUGGCCCAGCCUGGCAGCAGUGAACACCCCAAGGAGCUCAUCUACAGCAUCCUGAAGGAGGGGAGCAGUGAGAGUGAGAUCUCCCUGAAGAGGAAAACCUCCCGGCUGCUGGAGAAGAUGCAGGAGCUGGUGGUGCCCCCCAAGGACGGGGCGUGUUCCCAACCCCAGCACAGGGAACUGGCCAGGAAGGUGGAGGAGCUGCAGGAGAAGCUCGAUGAGGAGACCAAGCUCCGCCAGAAGCUGGAGCUGCCCGGGGGCCCCGCCCGGCUCCGCGAGGCCGAAGCGGAGACCCAGCAGCUCCGGGGGGCUCUGGAGAAGAAAAACCUGGAGCUACAGAGGAGUCUGCAGGAGCUGAAGGAGGUGAAAUCCUCCAAGGAGCAGGUGGAGAGCCGGCUGGGGGACUGCGAGGAGCAGCUCCUGGCCACGCGCCGGGAGCUCGAGCGGCUGCGCCGGAGCUCCGGAGCUUCCCCGGACGCCGAGUCCCUGUACAAGGAGCUGCUGGAGGCCCGGGAGGAGCUGGAGGAGGCCCUGAGCUCGCGGCAGAGGCAGGAGGAGCAGCUGCGGCUGCGGGAGCGGGAGCUGACGGCGCUCAAGGGGGCCCUCAAGGAGGAGGUGGCCACCCACGACAAGGAGCUGGAGAGGGUCAGGCAGCAGUGCCAGAGCGACAUGGACCAGCUGAGGAGGAGCAUGGAGGGCAUCUCGCAGGAUAAAGCCAACCUGGAGUCGGAGAGGCAGAAGGUGGGCGCGGUGGUGAGGAACCUGCAGCGGGAGCUGGAGGAGAGCGCGGAGGAGACGGGGCACUGGCGGGACAUGUUCCAGAAGAACAAGGACGAGCUCAGGAACACCAAGCAGGAUGAUUUUACUCCAAAUCCCGCGCGGGAGGCGCGGCGGGAGCUGGCGGAGGAGCGGCAGGAACGGGAGGAGCGGCUGCGGGAGCGGGAGCGGGAGCUGCUGGCGCUGAGGGGGGCCCUGAGGGACAGGGAAUCCAGCCGGGAUGGGGAGCUGGAGCAGCUCCGAAGGGACCUGCAGCGGCUCCGGGAGGAGCGGGACGAGGCCGCCGAGGCAAAGGCGUCCCUGGAGAGCACCCGGGAGGCGUCGGAGCAGGCGAGGAAGGCGGUGGAGUCCAGCCUGAGGGAAGUGCAGGAGCAGAACGACGACCUGAGGAGGAAAUUCCUGGGCCUGGAGACGAAGCUGAAGGAAUACGAGCGCCUGGGGGAGAACUGGGAGGGCUCCCAGGCGCGGCUCAAGGACAAGGUCGCCAAACUGGAGGCAGAGCGCAGGCACGUGGAGGAGUCGCUGGGAGAGGCCACGGAGCGGGAGCAGGAGCUGCUGUUGGCCAAGAGGUCCCUGGAGACGCGGCUGGAGGAGGCCGAGAGGGGCCUGGCCCGGCUGGCCCAGGAGCAGCAGGACCUGAGCCUGUCCCUGCAGGAGGAGCAGCGGCAGAAGGAGCAGCUCAGGCGCUCCAAGAACGAGCUGGAGGAGCAGAAACGGCUCCUGGACCGGACCACCGAGAAGCUCAACAGAGAGCCCUGGGGACACUUCCCACCUGGAAACACUCCUUCCCUGGGGACACUUCCCACCUGGAAACACUCCUUCCCUGGGGACACUUCCCACCUGGAAAGGCCCUUCCCGCAGGUGUCCCGGCUGAAGCAGGCGCUGCAGGAGAGCCAGGCGGAGAAGGAGAACGUCCUGCUGGACAAGGAGGUGCUGCUCCAGCGCCUGCACAACCUGGAGCAGGAGAUGGACGCCAGGAAGCGCUCCCAGGACGACCGAUCCCGGCACGUCAAAACGCUGGAGGAGAAGUCCAAGCGGCUGGAAGUGGAGCUGGAUGAGGAGAGGAGCACGGUGGAGCUGCUGACGGAGCGGGUCAACCGGAGCAGGGACCAGAUCGACCAGCUGCGGGCGGAGCUGCUCCAGGAACGCUCCAGCCGGCAGGACCUGGAAUGCGACAAGGUGUCCCUGGAGCGGCAGGGGUCUCAGGGCGUGUUUGCACCGUGGUUUGGGGCCGGGGGGACCUGCUGGGCCACGCCGGUGUCCCCCGGGGGAGGGACCCACUCGCUGUCCCCUCGGUGA